AUGCACUACAAGAGAACUGCAGAUUGAUAAAGGCUCCUCAGUUCUACAUUACACGCUGAAUUAAAAAUGAAUAAUUUGGAUCUUGCUAUCCAGAUUACAGGAAUAUGGUAAGAGUUGUCCUUGGUUACUGAAGACUUCCAAACUUGCAUGGUGGUGGCUUCCAGAUUUCAGCACACCAUGAUUCUUCACAUUAUAUUUUUCCUACAGAUAUUUCAUUUGAUCAAAGGCCAGUUUAAAAUUAUACCUCCUAACAAUCCUGUGGUUGGAGUCAUUGGAAAAGGAGUCGUCCUGCCCUGCCAGCUGGAAGCUAGGACAAUCUCUGAAAGACUUUCUGUUCAGUGGAUAUUUGCUGGAAAAUCCCCAAACAUUGAUGUGACUAGCUAUGAUGGAAAAAACAUACUAAAUCCAGUCAGGGAAGAUAAGACAUACCAGGGCCGGACAGAUUUCUUUCAGACUGAGAUUAGUAAUGGAAAUGUAUCCCUUCACCUGAAAAAUGUCAUGAUCUCUGAUAAAGGAAAGUACAUUUGCAGUGUCUUUUUGGAGAACUGGUAUGAUGAAGUGAUGGUUGACCUGGAUGUGGCAGCUCAAGGUAACGAGUCUGAAGUUCACCUGGAUGGUCACGUGGGUCAGGGCAUUGGCCUCAACUGCAAGUCGCAGGGAUGGUUUCCACAGCCUGAGGUAAUUUGGCUGGACAGCAAAGGACAGACACGGAAGGAGAAGGUGGUCACACAAAGCCUGCAGACUUCUUCGGGCCUUUUUGAUGUUGUCAGUUCCAUGACCCUAGAACCUGGAUCCGACAUGGAAGUCUCCUGCAGAAUAGUCAACGAUCUCCUCAACACAGCAUGUGAAUCCCGAGUCCUGAUUUCAGAUGUCUUCUUUCCAUCCACUUCACCUUGGAUGACUGCCUUUCUUGUAAUUACUUUCUGCGCUGUGGCUGUUAUCGCUGCUAUAGGUUAUAAGCUGAAGAUUAAUAGUACAAGAAAACAAAAAGAAGAAACAACGAUGGAUGAUCUCAUAAAAAACAAAGGCAUUUUGGAGGAAAAGUUAGGCACAACUGAGAAGACAUACAAUGCAGGAAACUCUGAAAUGAAACGUAAACUUGAUGCACUAGAAAAUGAUUUGGCUUUCUGGAGAGGUCAGGACAAGGAAGUUCCCAUCAUUGUGAAUGAUGAAUGCUGACUCCUUGAGCUCCAAGUGCCAGAGGCUCCAGAUGUUGAGGACAACAGAUAUGAACCUCCUGGCCUGAGCAGCCCCUCCACAGGCCCCAUUCUUGUGGGGGAAGAAGGGUUUGCAGCUAUGAAACAAUUCUGAGAAGUGGAGGUGGGCCAGCAGUAGGACAAACUGCUAACCCUAAAACUUGUAGGACCUAAAAAUGUAAUUGCCCAGGCUGUGUCCAUCUUCUGGAAACCUAAAUAUCCCCUUGCCCUUGUCUCUUACCUCCUUUACUCUGAGAGGGACACCAGCAUGCAGCAAAUGCAAAGCAACUUGCUGAAAGUGUGUCUUGAACAGUGGCAUGAAGUAUCAGUGAAGAAUGUAAGGAGAUUAUAAGUUUUUGACUUAAUCAUUGAAAUUGUGCAGUGGCAACCAGGGAAUGAGUCAUGUUUUUGAACACCAUUUCUCUGGACAAGAAGCGUGGAGAGAAGGAUGAACAAUCAUGGCUGUGCUGGGCAGGAGCUGCUGCCAGAUGUGGGAAAAGGGUUCUCAAGGCAACUGACCUGCCACUUCCAAUUCAAUCACUCAGUUGAAUACAUUCCUGACACUGUCAGUGGAAAUCUAGACAGUAAUUUGUUCUGUUCAGCCUACAGUCAGCAGUGAGUCUGUCCACUGGAUGCAGUAGAGUCUCUUGAACACCCUUAUGUGAUGCUCUGAGACAUCAGGACUGGUGAAAGUGAGUCACAAAACAUGUGUGUUUUGUUGAUCCUUUUUUAUUUCUUUGUACAAUGACAUGACUCCCAAAACCAUGAUUAUGAAGGUAAAGUAUGCAGAUCUCCUUCAUCCUUGCUGCUCUCAAUGCCCAUUCAGUCAUUUAUAAUCACCUUUCAUGGAGCAGUGGAGUUUCUCAGAGACACAAAAUUUCUGUAAGUUUUGUGAAAAGAGUUCCUUUUUUUUUUUUUUCUCCAGGGAUAGUCAAAUAUCAGUGCAGUAUAUAGAAGGCACUAGGGUGGGUUGGGCUACAAUCAGAAUUUGAAUUUGAAUGAAGGUGGUGCCACUGAAUCAAUUCAUUAUUAUCAUUUCCAGAUUACUUUGAUAUUCUUCCUGGUCUCUGACUUGUUCAUUCAACAUGAAUGAACAUCCAACAGUGCAAUGGACUCAGGCAAACCCCUGUUGCAUUAAGGUGUAAAUACUCUGUGCUCUAAGUGCAGUCAUAUUUGAAUGGACUCACAUGACUCUUGUCUCGUUCUGUUCCAUGAGAACUCUCACAGCUAGUGCAAUGUAUUGUGCUGUUUACUAAAGCAACGGAUCACAGAUUCGUUUGGAUCACCAGUGGUAAUUACAGUCUCAGCAGAGUAUGUGCAAGAACCAACAAUAUGAAUAAUACAGCUGACCACACACACACAUACACACACAAAAUUAUGGAAUAACUCUAUAGAGAUUUCUAAGCUUUCUGGGGAAGUACUCCAUAUAGCCAUGUGCUGUCUCGCCCAAGAGAUGUCGCUAAAAGGGAGAGGAGGUUGGGAAGGUUCAGCCUGCUUAUUGAACCUAGAAGCCAGCGAUGUCCUCCCAAGCUGUCUGCAGUGGUAUCUGGCCCAAAUUCCUUCUCUUUUAAGCCAUUUUUAUAGGAUUUUUUUUUCUAUUUGGUAUAGGCUUGUUUAGCAAAAGGAAACUACAGAUGUUAGUUUAAAAACAAAUAUAUUAGUUUACCAGAAAGAAUUGAUGUGUGCUACUUCUAAAACAUUCCAGUUUACCUUUGCUUGUUAUGUGAACAGCCUUGCUUGCAUUAUCCUUGCUCCACUGAAGGCACAAUGACCACUUUUUAUCUUUGUAGUAUGUACUGAAAGCUUCUUUCCUUCCACUAUCUGCAAGGACUCUUCUUGGAUUUCAUAUAAAUAGUUUUCAGGUACAGUGUAGCAAGAUAAAAAGUUGUUCAUUAUGGCAUAACAAGCAGGGGUAAUUUACCAAACUGGGAAAAAAAAGCUGAAAGUACACCAAAGGUCACUGUGAUGAAGCUAAAGCUGAAAUAAAGAAGUACAUGGCCACACAGCUGCACCACGCAUGUACGAAGGAACAUCAGCAUACACUAAAGAGCUCUUGAAAAAAAGAAUGAAUACGUACAUCAUUUCUGAGAAAUAUGUUGCAAAUGUAUGUCUUAACUAUUGAAAUGUAGAACCUGAA